AGGGAAUCUCUGUGGCUAUUUUCUGUUUUUUAAGGGCCCAUCGUUGAAGGGAAAUAGGGAAACAAUUGAUGGUGCUAAUUUGAGACGAUUUUUUUUUUACAUUUCAUCCCCAAGUCUGCACUUAGAGUCUCAUGUCUAACAUUUAGACAUGAUGAGCUUUGUGCAAAUAACCUCCCUGCUCUGCAUCCUUGCAGUGGCUUACCCGUCCCUUGUUUUGGCACAGCAGCAAGAACAAGUGUCAGCAUGUACUCACGAUGGACAGCUUUAUGCCGACAGGGAUGUCUGGAAACCAGAACCUUGCCAAAUUUGUGUUUGUGACGGUGGGAACGUUUUGUGUGAUGAAAUCCUGUGUGAUGAUACCGAUCCUGAGUGCCCUAACCCUGAGAUUCCAUUUGGAGAGUGCUGUCCAAUAUGUUCAACAGCUUCACCUCCUACCCCUACUAAUGGUGGUGUAAAAACCGGAACAAAAGGAGAGAAAGGUGACAAAGGCACUAAUGGCAUUCCUGGCAGAAAUGGUGAGAAUGGCGGUCCUGGUGUACCUGGUCCUCCUGGCCCUCCUGGAAUUUGUGAAAACUGUGCUUCCCCUGGAGGGCCCUACCAGCCUCAAUAUGACUCAAAAUCUGGAUAUGAUUUCAAAUCUGGCGGAGGUCAAAUGGGGAGUCAAUCAAUGCUUGGUCAUCCUGGACCUCCUGGCCCUCCUGGACCAUCUGGCCCUGCUGGACAGACUGGACCUCAUGGUUAUCAAGGACCCCCUGGCGAAUCUGGACAGUCUGGACCACCUGGACCACCAGGUCCAUCAGGACUUAUAGGCCCUCCCGGUCAGCCAGGAAAAGAUGGUGAGUCAGGCCGGCCAGGCAGACCUGGAGAGCGUGGAGUGGCUGGUGCUCCUGGCAAUAGAGGACCACCUGGCAUGUCUGGUUUCCCUGGUAUGAAAGGCCACAGAGGCAUUGAUGGAAGAGAUGGCACAAAGGGAGAUACAGGUUCUGCUGGAGCUAGGGGAGAACCUGGUGCUCCUGGUGACAAUGGAUUACCUGGCAGUGCAGGUCCAAGAGGUCAACCUGGUGAAAGAGGUCGUUCUGGAUCUCCUGGAACAGCUGGUGCACGUGGUAAUGACGGAGCUCCUGGAUCUUCUGGCCAACCUGGUCCUCCUGGCCCCCCUGGUAAUGCUGGAUUCCCUGGUGGUGCAGGUCCCAAGGGUGAAGCUGGAUCUCCUGGGUCUCGUGGUUCUGAUGGUUCUCCAGGAUCUAGAGGCGAAUCAGGCCCUCAAGGCCCCGCGGGUUUAACAGGCCCUUCUGGUCCUCCUGGCAGAGAUGGAAAUCCUGGCGGUAAAGGUGAAAUUGGUCCUGCCGGUAUGGCUGGUGCUCCUGGUUUGGGUGGUGCUCGUGGUGCUCCAGGUCCCCCUGGUACUAAUGGAGCACCUGGCUUAAGAGGUCCUUCGGGAGAAAGCGGCAAAGAUGGUGGGAAAGGAGAGCCUGGUCAAAGAGGAGAACGUGGGGAAUCUGGUGCUCCAGGUGCACCUGGACCUGCUGGAGAAGAAGGCAAAAAGGGAACUAAUGGUGAACCAGGCACUAAUGGUGUACCAGGAACACCAGGAGAAAGAGGUACACCAGGCUACCGGGGUCCCGCAGGUAGCAAUGGAGCCCCAGGUGAAAAGGGACCUGCUGGAGAACGUGGACAACCAGGCACCGCUGGUCCAAGGGGAAGUCCUGGUGAAUCCGGAAGAGAUGGAAUCCCUGGACCACCAGGAAUGAGGGGUUCUACUGGAAGUCCGGGUGGUCCUGGAUCUGAUGGCAAACCAGGACCCCAGGGUCCUGCUGGAGAAUCUGGACGAUCUGGCAACCCUGGUCCAUCAGGGCCAAGAGGUUCACCUGGCGUCAUGGGUUUUCCAGGUCCAAAGGGUACUGAGGGCCAACCUGGUAAAAAUGGAGAUAGGGGUGCUCCUGGAUCUUCUGGACCACAGGGUCUUCCUGGAAAGAGUGGCGAGUCAGGAGGUCAGGGCCCUCCAGGUGCUGCAGGACCUCCAGGUGAGCGAGGAGAACCAGGAGCAACUGGACCUGGUGGAUUUCAGGGUCUACCAGGAGCUCCUGGACCCGCUGGAGAGAAUGGAAAACCUGGUGAAGCAGGACCUAAAGGCGAAGUUGGUGCUCCUGGAACCUCAGGUGGCAAAGGGGAAAAUGGCAUUCCCGGCGAAAGAGGUCUACAAGGUUCUCCUGGAUCUCCUGGUACUAGAGGUGCUUCUGGGCCUCCAGGUCCAGAUGGUGGCAAGGGACCUGCUGGACCACCUGGGUCUGCUGGUGGAAUGGGACCACCUGGUCUUCAAGGCAUGCCUGGAGAAAGAGGAGGUUUUGGAAAUCCUGGGCCAAAAGGUGAAAAGGGAGAACCUGGUGGGAAAGGUUCAGAUGGAUUUCCUGGAAAAGAUGGAUUAAGAGGAUCUGCUGGCCCCAUUGGUCCUCCUGGCCCUGCUGGUCCAUCUGGAGACAAGGGUGAAGGUGGCUCAGCUGGACCUCCUGGGCCUGUUGGUGCACGUGGUGGCCCUGGGGAGCGUGGUGAACCUGGUCCUCAUGGUCCUGCUGGCUUCCCUGGAUCUCCUGGUCAAAAUGGUGAACCUGGUGGUAAAGGAGAAAAAGGUGGUCCUGGUGAACGAGGUGAACCUGGUCCUCAAGGUGCAGGUGGUUCUCCAGGUGGCCCUGGUCCUGCUGGCAAUUCUGGUCCUCAGGGAUCAAAAGGAGACCGUGGUGCUCCAGGAUCACUUGGUGCAGCUGGUUUCCCUGGUGCUCGUGGUUUACCUGGACCUCCAGGUAGUAAUGGCAAUUCUGGUCCUUCUGGUCCUCCCGGAGGCCCCGGAAAGGAUGGUCCACCUGGUCCAGCUGGCAGUACUGGUCCUCCCGGUAGUCCAGGUUCUUCAGGUCCAAAGGGUGAACCAGGCACACAAGGAGAAAGGGGAUCACCAGGAAAUCGAGGAGAAUCAGGUGCUCCAGGUCCUUCAGGCAUUAAUGGUCCAGCUGGCACUCGUGGUAUUGUAGGAUUACCUGGCUUACAGGGUAGACCAGGCACUCCAGGUCUUCCAGGCGCUAAGGGUGAAGAUGGAAAAUCAGGUAGCAAUGGAUCACCUGGUGAACGUGGUUUCCCUGGUUCAGCAGGGGCAGCCGGUAUUAAUGGGGCUCCAGGAGAAGCUGGAAGAGAUGGCAACCCUGGCUCUGAUGGUUUGCCUGGGCGUGAUGGAUCAGCUGGAUCUAAGGGUGACCGUGGUGAAAAUGGCUCUCCUGGUGCUCCUGGAUCUCCUGGGCACCCAGGUGCCCCAGGUCCUGCUGGCUCAGCUGGAAAGAAUGGAGACAGAGGAGAAACUGGUCCUUCUGGUCCUGCCGGCCCAUCUGGUCCUUCUGGUGCUCGUGGAGCUCCUGGACCACAAGGUACACGCGGUGAUAAAGGUGAGGCUGGUGAGCGUGGUACCAAUGGAAUGAAAGGUCAUCGUGGAAUGCCUGGCAACCCUGGCCCCCCUGGCUCAACUGGACCUUCAGGAGAACAAGGUGUUGCUGGAUCCCCUGGUCCCUUAGGCCCUAGGGGUCCUCCGGGAUCAAAUGGAGCUCCAGGCAAAGAUGGCAUUUCUGGAUAUCCUGGACCUAUUGGCCCUCCAGGUCCUCGUGGAAGCAGAGGAGAAUCUGGCCCAGAGGGUUCAUCUGGUCACUCUGGACCUCCAGGACAGCCUGGUCCCCCUGGUCCACCUGGACCUUGCUGUGAUGGUGGUGGAGCAAAUCUAGGGUCAUUUGGUGGGGAAAAAGGACCAGCUGGGGCCCCCUACUAUGGUGACCAACCGUUUGAUACAACUACCAGUGCUGAAAUUAUGACUUCCCUUAAAACAAUCAACGGCCAAAUAGAAAACAUUAUUAGUCCAGACGGCACAAGAAAGAACCCUGCCCGUAACUGUCGUGAUCUCAAUUUGUGUCACCCAGAGUAUAAGAGUGGAGAAUACUGGAUCGACCCCAACCAAGGCUGUAGAAUGGAUGCUAUUAAGGUUUUCUGCAACAUGGAAACGGGUGAAACUUGUAUGAAUGCCAAUCCAAGAAUUGCCCCACAAAAGAACUGGUACACCAGCUCUGGAACCGAUAAAAAACAUGUUUGGUUUGGAGAAUCUAUGAAUGGUGGUUUCCAGUUCAGCUAUGGAGACCCAGAGCUUCCAGAGGAUAUAUCUGAUGUCCAGAUGGCAUUCCUUAGAAUUCUGUCCAGCAGAGGCUACCAGAAUAUCACUUACCACUGCAAGAACAGCAUUGCAUACAUGGAUGCACAAAAUGGAAAUGUUAAGAAGGCUGUGAAAUUCAUGAGUUCUACCGAAAGCGAGCUUAAAGCCGAAGGAAACAGCAAAUUUACAUACAGUGUUUUGGAAGAUGGUUGCACUAAACACACAGGAGAAUGGGGCCGAACAGUAUUUGAAUACAGAACACGCAAGACAAUGAGGUUACCUAUUGUAGAUAUUGCACCAAUGGAUAUCGGCGGAGCAAACCAAGAAUUCGGAAUUGAAGUUGGCCCUGUAUGCUUUUUGUAAUUUAGGAUAUAUCUGAAAUUUAAACCACAUCAAAUGAUCUUCACCCCAUUAGUGUCCCUUUAAAAUGUUGUCACCAAAGAAACUGUGUUCCAAUAAUUUAUUUUCCAACCGUUAAGGAAAAAGGGAUAGUUUGGUAGAGAGGGCAAUUUUUUUUUUUUUUUUUUGCAAUAACACAAACUAAAUGCUUUUGCUCUAUUUUUUGUACAAAUUUCAUAUUUUGAAAACAUCUGAAUGGUGCUAUAAAAAAAGAAAGGUUAAAAUCAUUACUGAAAACACUGUGUGAUGUAUUUUUUUAAAUUGUGGCCAAUUUAAAAAGCACUGAUUAAGCUAUGCAUCAAACUCCACCCAUCUUUCUAACCAAGAUGAAGUUCACAGCAUGCAUAAAGAACUUCCAUGUUUCAACUACCUCAUCAUGGACAGAGGAUGGGUAGGCUUUGAUGAGGCAAAAACAAAAAACUAAUGGGAUACAAAGUAUAGCCUUGAAUCAAAGAAUUACAACUAGGGUCUGAUUCCUGGAGGUAGUCCACUAAUACUGUUUUUUAUAGACUGCAUUGUCCAGAACAGAUUGAUCACAGGCUUACAAGGUGCUUUCCAUACUUUCCUGUUAUUGCUGGCCAAGACCACUAAAGUAGAAGGGAAGUUUAAAGAUAAAACAUCAUGGUGCUAAAUGCUAACAUGUUUCCACUUUAAACCUAUGCCAAAGAGGUAUUGAUUUGCAAUAAAUGGUAAUAAAAAAGUUUCACAACAACAGAAACAUGUUUGUCUUCUGUUCAAAAUUAUUGUUGGCAUUCACCUUACCUGAGGUGGCAUAUUUCAUUAUUAUUCAGCAGCUUUAGCCACGAUAACUAAGAUACAGAUGACAGACAUUAUCCACCUCUGUAAACUUUUUUAUAUGGCUGUUGAGUAAAGAGACACAUAAUAAAAAAAUGACGUACAAAAU